AUGGCUACGCAAAAAGAUAAGUCAAAAGUGCACAAGUUGUCGUUGAAGGGAUCUUCGAAACUGGUAGCAGAAUUUUUUGAAUAUUCCAUCCAUUCCAUUUUGUUUCAACGAGGGGUAUAUCCAGCGGACGAUUUUACAGCUGUCAAGAAAUAUGGCCUGAAUAUGCUUGUAUCUUCCGACGAUCAAGUCAAGGCGUAUAUAAAAAAGAUCAUGUCGCAGCUGAACAAGUGGAUGAUUGGCGGCAAAAUAUCCAAACUUGUCAUUGUUAUCACUAACAAGGAAUCUGGGGAGCAUGUCGAGAGGUGGCAGUUCGACGUCCAAAUAUUCAAUAAGGAGAAGUCGUCUCGAAACCGCUCCGGGCAUAAAGCGCCAUCUGAUAACGAGAAUACUCCAAUGUACGUAUGCUCCGACUAUAUUCCUCCUCCGCUGGAAUGUAUACCGCAUGACUCGCUAUUCCAGGGCCUAGCUUACCUGAAAAUCUCAAAAUUCAGCACAUCGGAGUCCCCCACUCCGACAACCCCUCCGCCCGAGAAAUCUGAGAAAGAAAUCCAAGAAGAAAUUCAGGCUAUCUUCCGCCAAAUCACAGCAUCUGUCACCUUCCUCCCCGUUCUGGAUGGCAACUGCACCUUCAACGUGCUCGUAUAUGCGGACGCUGAUUCCGAAGUUCCCAUGGAAUGGGGCGAUAGCGAUGCGAAGGAGAUCAAGAAUGGGGAAAAAGUGCAGCUUAGAAGCUUUAGUACGAGCAAUCAUCGCGUGGAUACGCUGGUUAGCUACAGGCUUGCUGAUUAA